AUGCGAGUACGACGACGUUUCCCAACGUUAGACACUAUAGUCGCUGCAGGUUUUUUAAUGCCCCAUGAAAAAGAGAUUCUCGAAUCGUACAAGGAUAAAGCAAACACUCCCAAAUACUGGAUUCCAGCCAAUUGGGCACUUACAAUGACAUACCAGGCUUGGAAAGAUGGCCACAUUGAAAAUGCUUAUUACAAAUGUGUACUUCAGGAAGAGAUCAAGAAGUGGCGCACUAACUUGGAGUGGGUCUUCAACUAUGACUGGGUGCCACUUCCUUUAAUGUAUCCUCAGGUGCGCACUACAUGGCAAUAA